CUAAUCAAGUACAGUGAUUCAGCUAAGGUAAUUGAAUUAUUCUGAGUUCUUUCAAGGGAAAACUCAAUUUUUUUAUCCUCAAACAGCCAGAUCUAGCCAAGGAGAGAGACAAGAUCUGCAACUUCCACACACCACAGGAUGCUGCCUCUUGUGGUUGGACAUCUUUUGCGGUCUGACGGCCCUGUAGAUUGCUUUCAUGAUGGAGCAAGGUUGGAGCAACAUGGUAAGGUAAAGCAAGGACUGUAUAGUGCGCCUGUGAACCUUGUGCACCAUGUAGGUUGCUACCAAUGGGGAAAAGGAGAAGAAAGAAGGGGCUCCUAACUGGAGGAGAGAAAACACUAGAGAGAGAGCCUAAUCUAACCCUAGAUAGGAGGCAGAUAAUGUUUGCUACAUUCAAAUUAAAUCCCUGUAAUACAUUAUUCUUGUGUUUUAGGUAUGUAGUCUAAGUUAUAACUUGUUUGAGGUGACCAUUCUGUGAACUUGGAUCCAUCUUCAUUCUUGCCAUUCAGCUUUUAGGCUUUGAUGGUGGGUUAAGUACGUAAAGUUGUGAUUCUGUUCAUCACUAACUAGGGAUGGUCUGAAACUCAUGUAGUUUUGAGUGCUUGCGCACUUGUUAAUUAAUGAAAUUGGUCACCAUCU